GUAAAUGCUUGGUGUUGCCAGCAUCUGAGAUCCAAACCAAGGUGGGCGGGUCUUCAAGGUCUGUUUAACUCGAGAUCAUCAAGCUUGUUACUUCAGUUCUUGUCGAGAUUCUCAACCGAAUCGAUCCAAGCCAAAGCUUGAUCAUCAUCAGUAGUCAAAAUUUGGAUAUAACUCAUUAUUAUAUAUUUAAUAGUCAGUGUUGUUUUAUCAUUAAUAUAAUAAUAAAAGUGGAUAUCAGUGAUUUGUUUUGUUUGGUUUUAUCAGUGGAAUUAUUUUUUUUUAAUUAUUAGUUUUACCACGUGAGAUGACGGUUACUAAUUCGAAUUAUUCAAUGAUGAAACCGUGCAUAUCUACAUACCCUUAUCAAGUAGAUCUUGGAUCAAUUCCCGGGCAAGGGCGAUAUAAUCAAUUGGGAGGUGUUUUUAUCAAUGGAAGACCAUUACCUACUCACAUACGGUUAAAAAUUGUUCAAUUGGCAGCAGCUGGAAUCCGACCUUGUUCAAUAUCUAGACAACUACGAGUAUCACAUGGAUGCGUGUCAAAGAUAUUGAACCGAUACCAAGAGACCGGUAGCAUUCGUCCAGGAGUUAUUGGUGGAAGCAAACCCCGUGUGGCGACUCCGGAAAUAGAGGCCCGAGUAGAAGAAUACAAACGUAAGAACCCUUCAAUAUUUUCGUAUGAAGUACGCGAUCGUCUGAUCGAAGAUGGUCUUUGCGAUCGCACUACAGUACCAAGUCUUUCAGCACUCUCAAGACUCCUGAGGAAUCGUGAUCCCGAGCAAAAUGAGAGUACCAUGGCAUCAUUACCCGACGGAAAAAUCAACUCUGGGUCUGACUGCGAGAGUGAACCGGGAAUUCCGCUGAAGCGCAAGCAAAGAAGAAGUCGGACGACAUUCACCGCUCAUCAGCUUGAUGAAUUAGAGGCCUCAUUUAAACGGACUCAGUACCCGGACAUUUACACUCGGGAAGAACUCGCUCAGAGGACCAAGCUCACCGAGGCGAGAAUUCAAGUCUGGUUCAGCAACAGGCGAGCUAGACUUAGAAAAACCCAAAAUUCUGCACCACCACCAGCCCCACCACCACCUGGAUACAUGCCCAGUUAUCCAACAAAUGGUUACCUUCAUUCAGGACAUCCUCAUGGACAUCAUGUAUAUCCUGGGCACGGAGCAGCUACUACAGGUGCUGCGCCAGUCGCCAAUCUUCCCACACAUCCAACGCAGGCUCACUUGCAAGAAUCUUCAUUCUCACAAGAUUUAUAUUCAGCGCUUCCUGAUAUUACAAUGGAACAAAAUUUACGUUUAACCUGCAACACAUCCUCCUCAUCAUAUAUCUUACCAUCAAGUUACCCCCCAUCAACACUGGUCCCGAGCAACGAACCAUCUCAACAGGUUCAAUCUUAUCACCAGCAUUCACACCAACUUCCACCUACCCCAAACUCCAUUUCAAACAUUAUAUCCGAACAAUUGUCACCUUCGACUGAUCUCACCUCGAUCGGAUCAGUCUCGCCAACAGAACACCACCAAAGACUUCAACAACAGCCAGGAAGUCAGAAUGAGUCCCCACCCACUUGGAAUCAACAUCCUACUAUUAAUGGACGACUUCACUCUCCCUCGGGGAUCCACCAUCAAACUUACACUGGGCAUCAUCAAUCUUUCACUGGCUACACGUCAAACGGGUUUCAACAACCAUCUAGAUCUUCUUUUUGGUAUAAUCACUCACAGUAAAUUUUACAAAUUAUUAUUUAAUUUAUCAAUUUUUAUGUUUAAUCCUGUCAAUAUUAACUUUCCGAUUUAUAAUUAAACUCAGUGAUCAGUUUAGUGUCAAAAUAUAUAUCAAACUAUCGAAAAAAAAAUUAUAAUCCUUUAUCUCUUCUUAACGUGCGUUCCACUAAAUGCUCAAACGAUCGCGCUGCGUGUAUUUAGAUUUUAAAUAAGAUUUUGGUCGUUUUUAGCGCUUAGCGGAACGCGCCCUUAUUGGUUAGGAUUAUAGCGCGCGUUAUUUAAAUUUAUAAUUAAUUUUAAAUUGUUUUAAUUAAUACCAAAUACU